GUAGCGGCCAAACGAUGUUGAACCAGUGCUGUAAAUUUUCUUUGAAUCGAAAUAAAAAAAGAGAACAGCAGUUUGUCAAAUCUAGACAUGUUAAUGGUCGUAAAAUUUGUAUUAGAAUGCUUGGUUGAAUUAUUUUCAAUGUUUCUUCGUCUUGAUACGCACCUUAAUUAAAACAAUAUACUACGAUAGACAGUACAUGCUUUAGAGGAGAAAUGUAGGAGACCUUGAAUUCAACAAAACCGACAAGUGUCAAGGUAAUUUCAUCCUGUUAGGACAAGUUCGGAAGUCAGGGUUUUUGAACUCUGAAAAUUUGGUGGUUCAAAUAUAAAUUAAAUUUAAAUUUGUGAAGAAUUAAACAUGACAACAUCAUCCGAAGAUGUUUUGCUCAGCGUGAAUUGCGUACGCUAUAAGAAGGGAGACGGGACACUGUAUGUAAUGAAUCAAAGAUUAGCAUGGAUGUUGGAACACAGAGACACAGUCGCAGUAUCUCAUAAAUAUGCUGAUAUCAAAACACAAAAAAUUUCACCAGCUGGCAAGGCUAAAAUACAGCUUCAAGUGGUUUUACAUGAUGGCACAUGUUCUACAUUUCACUUUGUUAACCCGGGUGGCCCAGAGGCUCAGGCCAAAGACAGAGAUCAAGUGAUGGUAUUACUACAAAACCUUUUACCAAAGUUCAAAAGACAGAUUGAUGGUGAACUAGAAAUGAAAUCUAAAUUGUUGUCAUUGCAUCCAACAUUAAAACAUUUGUACGAGGAUUUAGUUAUAUCUAAAGUUAUUAAUAGUGAGGAAUACUGGAAUACUCCUACUUUGAAACAGUAUACAGAAUCUAGUAACAUUAAACAGGAAGCUGGUGUGUCAGGUGCAUUCCUUGCUGAUAUUCAACCACAGACAGACGGUUGCAAUGGUUUGAAAUACAAUCUAACUCAAGAUAUCAUAGAUGCUAUAUUCAAAACAUAUCCAGCAGUCAGAAAGAAACAUAUUGAUUAUGUACCCAAUAAAAUGACGGAAGCUGAAUUCUGGACGAAAUUCUUUCAAUCACAUUAUUUUCACAGAGAUCGAAUAGCUUCGUCAUCGAGCAAGGAUUUAUUUGGAGAAUGUGCUAAAUUAGAUGACCACGCUAUUGCUUCAGCAAUGAGACACACAACACUAGAUCUUACGGUUGAUUUGAAUAAGUUCAUAGAGCACGUUCCACUGUUACCGACUGAAGAAGAAGCUAGCAAUGAGAAGGAUCGAUCUGAUAAUAAUUCUAUACACAGAAAUAUGAUUAAACGUUUCAACCAACACUCUAUUAUGGUGCUCAAAGCUAGUCAAAAAUCAAAUUCUAGUAAUAAUAGUAAUAGCAGUAGUAGUAAAACAUCGAAUAACAACAAUAAAGUUAUCGAAAACGGUGUCAAAGAUACAAAUGGUGUCUCAAAGAGACCGGCCGAACACAGUACAGAACCGAUAGAAAAGAAAAAACGAAUAUUAGAGCAGAUACACUACGAGGAUCUAGUUGCAGACCAGGGAAAUGAUGAUGUACAGGAAUUAAAAUUGUCUAAGGUAGAAAGAUAUUUAUUAGGACCGUCGUAUCAGAUAAGUCAGACGAGUGUUCAGACGAGCCACCCGCCGCCGCUGUCGGCCUUGGCGUCCGUAUGUCAGGCGUGGUCGAGCGGCCAACAGUGCCAGCGGCCGGCGCGGGUGAGCGCGGGCGCGGCUGUGGGCGCGCUGGGGGAGCUCAGUCCGGGCGGCGCGCUCAUGCGGCACCACCACGCCGCCUCUAUGGCACAACUAAUACCGGCGGACGUGAAGGCGGAGCUUCAGAGGCUGUACGCGUCGUGCGGCGAGCUGGCGAGGGAGCUUUGGCGCAGCUUCCCGCAGCCGGGCGCGCCGCCAGCCAACGAGCAGGACGCGGCGCCGCGGGCGACCAUGUUCUACGACGCGCUGUUGCGGUUUAGGAAUUUGAAACUGAGGCCCUUCGAGGAGAAGAUGCUCCGUGACCUGACGCCCCUGGCGACGACUCUAACGAAACAUUUGAACCAAAUAAUAGACACGGCCUGCGCUAAGUACGUGCUCUGGCAACAGAGGCAAGCGAAGAUACGGUAGUACUAGCUGUAACGUUUCGGUACAGUCGGGAAGUAAAUUGAUAAAUUUCGUUACGGGUCUGCCGCCUCUCUGAGACUCUGUAGUGGCUCGCAGCGCAGUUCGGCUUGAUGACGGAACUUAUUGGUAAUAGAUUGGUAGGGACGUUUUAUCCGGUAAAGAGCCAAAAAAAAAAAUUAAGCUAAAUUUUUUAAUGUAAGUUUUAUAUAAAAUUUGUAUUAUUACAGCAUUAUUGUAUUAUCGGGAAUACAUCUGCCAAAUUUGAUAAAUUGGAAUUCGUGAAAUUUUAAUACUUAUGGCGUUACUUGCAAGAAAACUUUUAAUGGAAAAAUCAUAAAAGUGACCAUAUUAUAAUUAAACUAUAAAAGAAAAUGCCCGUUGAAAAGGUACAUGAGUGUUUUUUGUUUUGUUAUCAACAGUCGUCCCUAAGCAUGCGGCUACUAUAGGAGUCCAUUUAAACGGUAGUAUGAACUUUAAUUAAUUUAACUUAUGUUUAUGCACAUAGUACAUACAAUAUGUUUUCUAAACAUUACUUUUACAAAAUGUCGAAUAAUUUAGUCUGGUACGGAUUCCCUCAUAUAAAUUUGUUAUAAUAUAAUUGUGUGGAAUAUAUAAGUUUAUACUAAUCGUUAUUCUGAUGGUUCGUCAUUUUUGCAAGAAGCAAGUGUUGCUACCACUAUAAUUUAUUUUAAGAGUGUUCAUUGUUACCGUAAACAAUUAUUGUUAUAUAUAUAUCCUAGAUGAAAAUGUGGUUUCACAGAUUACUUCUUGUAAUCUUGAUGGUUCCUUUAAAUUGUUAUUGAAUUAGCACACCGAUUAAUAUGUUGAUGGUUGAAAAUUUUGCAUUCACAUUACGAAUACAAUUUUCGAUCAAGCCUUAUUUAGCAAUUUUGUUUUAAACGCUCACUUAUAUUUACUAAGUAAUUGUUAACGAAAAUAACACUUGAAGAUAGUGUUGACUGAUGUGAAAACGAACUCAUUCUAAAAUAAAAGUUAUCAUUUUUCCCGACUGUACACGUCAGCCAUUUUGUUAAGUCGGAAGAAACAAAAUGGCGGCGUUACUUUGUUGUAAAAUUAGAGUAUUUUGAUGUGACGUAAGAACUGAUUUUAGUAAUAAAAUUGCGCUUCUUAAAUUACGGUACUGCCUUACUGUGGUCUCCUUUAGUCCUAACAACAAUAUAAAUAUAUUUUAUUUGUCGUUACGCAUCACCGAUUUCACCAUAUUAUGUUCCUAAGUAAACGUGUAUCUAAGUUUAAUAUUCCUAAGCAUAAAUCGAAUUAAAUGAUGUAGGAAGGUUACCUUGAAGAAUUUAAUGUAUGAAAAUGAUUAUGUACAAGAAAGUGUGUGCUCUAAAGUUCGCCUUGAAAAUAGAUUAUGUGAGUUGUACAAACACAGAUUUUAUGAAAUUGUCGUCACAUCAAAUUACUUAUAAACAAAUGUACCUUUAAAAUGUUUUUAUAUAAUAAAUAAAUAAAAAAUAAUUCUGUAAUAAAAUGUUCUGUGAAUACACGAAUAUCAUGUUAGUUUAAUAAUUGUAACGUUUAUUAUUAUUGUUUUAUUUAAAACCAAACUAAAUGACUCGAAAUCAGUUGGUUGUGUUAAAAAAACUCAAUUUUUUUAUGUCAAUAUUUGUAUUGCAAUGUUACAAGAAAAUUCAACCUUAGAAAAUAUCGAAAAAAUUCAGAACGAUUAAAAGGUCAAUUUAACAAAUAGGGUAAACUGUACAAUAUUUGUUAAAGUGAUAGAAUGUAAUCAUAGGUUGUACUAGAUAUUAGUUCCCUGUUGUUUUAGUCUUAACCGACUGCAAACAAAAAUAUAUUAAUCUCAAUAAACCUCAGCUCAGUCUAAUUUUUGUGACAUUUUGUUAUGUCUUCAUGUGAUAUUGAUUAUGUUAUUUGUCCUCAUUGUUACCAUGACGAUUAUAAAGACGUUGGUCGCCAAUAAACGUAUGGGUUACCCUAAUUUAAAUUGUUUCUUUUUAAUAUUAAACAAAAAUGAAAUAUCGAAUUCACAUCUCGCUGGUUUCGAGUCAUUCUAAUAACAUUGCAUUUGAAUGAACCAAAUCCACAUCUGAACGUAAAUUUGUGUUAUAUUUAUUAAUGUAUUUUACAAUUAUUGCAUAUCAGUGCUUUUUGAUUGCAUUAAAACUGCAUCGGAAUUCUUUUUAAUUUGA